GAGAGAGGGGAAGGCGCGGGGAGGGGAGAGCGAAAAUAAGAGGUGAAAGAGCGAGUGAGGAGAGCAGCGGCACACGGAUCAGUCACUCUCCGCUGGUGCUCCAACCCUGGAAACACCAUCCAGUCAUUAUAUCGCCCGUGAUUCUGCUAUGCGCAUCGGACGAGGAGACGCCACUUGCGCUUUGGUUUUGGAUUGGUGUUAAAUCUUUUACUGUGCAUCACUGGACAGGAUGGAGCAUUGGAGACAAUGUGCGGUAUGGCUGAUCAAUUGUAAGGUGCUGCCACCGAACCAUCGGGUGACAUGGGAGUCCGCUCAGGUGUUCGACCUGGCGCAGACCCUGCGGGAUGGGGUCCUCCUGUGCCAGCUCCUCAACAACCUGAGACCCCAGUCCAUCAACCUGAGGGAGAUCAACCUGAGACCUCAGAUGUCACAGUUUCUCUGCUUGAAGAACAUCAGGACAUUUUUGCACGCCUGCUCAGAGAUAUUCGGCAUGAAGAAGAGCGAGCUGUUUGAGGCUUUCGAUUUGUUUGACGUUCGAGAUUUUGGAAAGGUUAUGGACACACUGUCCAAGCUCUCUCAUACACACAUUGCACAGCAGACUGGAAUAAGGCCGUUUCCCACAGAAGAGAGUGUUGAGGAUGAAGACAUUUAUAACCAUCUAGAGGAUCUGAUAGAUGAGAAUGGUGUUGAGGAUGAGGAGGAUCUCUAUGACUGUGUGUAUGAUGAUGAUGAGGGAGGAGAGGUGUAUGAAGAUCUGAUGAAGGUUGAGCUGGUACAACCACAGAAACAGGCCGAGACGGACAUCAGAAGCUGUUGUCUGAUGGAAAUCAAACAGACCGAGGAGAAAUACACAGAGACGCUGGACUCCAUAGAGAAAUUCUUUAUGAAGCCUCUGGGACAGUCGCUGUCCAGUGUGGAUAUCGAAAAAGUGUUCAUCAAUAUACCAGACCUCGUGAAGGUGCACACGAGUCUUCUGAAGGAGGUCCAGGAUUCAGUGCUCAUGCAUAACGCCAGUAACCUGUUUCAGAUCUUUAUCAAAUACAAAGAAAGAUUAGUCCUGUAUGGGAAAUACUGCAGUCAAGUAGAAUCAGCCAUUGCGUGUUUGGAUGACAUCUGUAAGAACAGAGAGGACGUCAGGCAGAUGUUAGAGUUAUGUUCCAAACGAGCCAAUAACGGGAAGUUUACUCUGAGAGAUCUUCUGGUGGUUCCGAUGCAGAGAGUUCUGAAGUAUCAUCUACUUCUACAGGAACUGGUGAAACACACCCAUGAUGGCACAGACAAGAGUAAUUUACGGCAAGCGCUGGACGCCAUGAAGGAUCUGGCUCAGUAUGUCAAUGAGGUGAAGAGAGACAUCGAGACUCUGCGAGACAUCGACCAGUACCAGAAAUCUAUAGAAAACCUUAAUCAGUCUCUCCGUAACUACGGGAGACCAAAAGGUGACAGCGAAGUGCGAGUAGCUUCAGUCGACAAACGAGCCAAGCAAGACAGGCACAUCUUUCUGUUCGACGCUGCCGUGAUCGUAUGCAAACGACGAGGAGAUAACUACGAGAUGAAGGAGGUGAUUGACCUCCACUCCUUCAAGAUCACCAACAACCCGACCUCAGACAGAGAAAACCGAAAGUGGUGCCACGGAUUCUACCUCACACACAAUCAGGGUCAGAACGGCUUCGAGUUCUUCUUUAAAACCAAGGAGCUGAAGAAGAAAUGGCUGGAGCAGUUUGGCAUGGCAUUAUCGAACAUCUGUCCAGAGAGCGGGAAAAGUAAUUUCCAUGAGUUCCGCAUGCACACCUUUGAGACAACCACAUCCUGCAGCUCGUGUAAAAUGCUGCUGAGAGGAGUCUUCUAUCAAGGGUACCGCUGCUCCAAAUGUGGUGCUGGCGCCCAUAAGGAGUGUCUUGGUAGGGUGGACGUCUGUGUCAGCAGUGCCGAUUCCAGCUCUUUCGGAUCACAGAUUGGAAAAACACCCGGUCGUGGAGGAGACACAGGUCUCCCUAAGAUGACGGUCAUCCGUAAUUAUUAUGGGGUUCCGAGCCCCCUCUCUGGCCCGCCGCUCAACAUCCAGGUUGGUGAUGUCAUCGAGGUGAUAGAGGCAAACAUCCGUAGCUGCUGGUGGAAGGGUAAAGUCCUGGCAACUAAGGAGGUUGGCUUCUUUCCAAGCGACGCAGUGAAGCCUUGCCCAUGUGUACCCAAACCUGUUGACUACUCUUCUCAGCCUUGGUUCGCAGGCCCAAUGGAGAGGCUGCAGGCAGAGGCAGCGCUGCUCAACAGGAGGAGCAGCACGUACCUGGUCCGUCACAGAAGCCGAGAGUUUAAUGAAUAUGCCAUCAGCAUCAAGUACAACAACGACGUGAAACACAUCAAGAUCUUAACAAAGGAGGGACUCUUCCACAUUGCAGAAAACAGGAAGUUCAGAAGCAUUUUAGAGCUGAUCGAGUAUUACAAACAUCACUCUCUGCGGGAAGGAUUCAGGACACUUGAUACCACGCUGCAGUUCGCCUACCGAGAGCCGGAGAAUGGAGCCAACACCCCGCUGCUCUGCGGGCUGUCUUUUCUAACUCCCGCCGGCUACAGCUUUGUCCCCCCCUCUACCGCCCCAUUCUGGUCAGUGUUCACUCCUAAGGUGAUGGGUGUGGCGAUCGCCCGCUACGACUUCAGCUCUCGGGACACACGGGAACUGUCUCUGCAGGAGGGCGAUGUGGUGAAGAUCUACAGCAAAACUGGAGCCAAUGGCUGGUGGAGGGGUGAAGUCAAUGGACGGGUGGGCUGGUUCCCCUCCACGUACGUAGAAGAAGGCGAGGAGUGAACGGCUCAGCGAUCGCACACAAGAGAAAGGAAACGGAGGGAAAAAAGCAGACGGACUGAGUCAGAAAAAGGGCAAGCGCUUGGCCGCUCUCUCUGUGUCUUGUUUGUCUAUCCUGGAGGAUGUGCAUGGGGUUUGAUAGUUGAAAGACUGUCUCUCAGGGAGCAGAUUAUCAAACACAACCCCAGGCCGCAUCUUAAAAGACCCUUCCGGGUGUCUGGAUGGAGCGUCGCAGGUGAAUUGGGGCCUGAGAUGGAACGCUGGAAUUGGACUGAGGUUAUGCCAUGAGCUAUUUCAGUUUGUCUGCUCAUGGGGAAACAUGUUUAUCCUGACCUUGCCUGAGUCCUCCUUACCUGCACUAUUAUUGAUGACGCCCCCUCCCCGUGUCUGUGCUGCCCCGGAGGUGUUCUCGCGCACGGCCCACAAUCCCACCCAGCUAUUCAUCUCCGAUUAAGAUCAUAGCUCCUUGCCAUGUAGGCUGCGGUAAUUGAUUGCUGUCUCUUCCCUGUUUCUAUCCGACGAAAUCUCACUUAUUUUCAGAUUUCCACUUUAAAGGAAGGACCGGUUGUUUUGUGCGUCGCGCUUAUCUCCGGAGAUACACUGUGGGCUUGUCACGCCCUGUUUAUCUGAUUUGCACGCUACCGCAUCGUCAGGGAGAUGCGCAGCGAGACAUUGACAGGAAACAAAAGGGAUCCCAGUGACAGCCUGUAAACAGCUUUUUCAGCAGGGGCCCCCAGCCCCAAAAGCAUUGUGUCACCCCAUGCAGAAGGGAUCCUACUAGAUAGCAUAGACAGUGCCUUCACAGUCAACUAAUGAGGGGGAUUUACACACAUUUGCAAGAAGAAUUGACACAUUGAAAAACAAUGAGACCGAUAAUUCUGUUUGAAAUCCACCAGUGGAUCAGAAGCUGAAGAAUGUCUCUAGUGGUAGACUGAUAUGGGUCCGUGUCUGAUAUCUAAAUUGCAGGGUGACCAAUACUGUGCAAAUAUAAUAUUUCAUAUAUAAAAAAAUAAAAAAAUAAAAAUAAUAUAUAUAUAUAUAUAUAUAUAUAUAUAUAUAUAUAUAUUAUUUGUAUUAAAUUAUGAUAUUGACCACUAUAAUUAAAUGCUUAUUUCUAUUCAAAAUUGACUUAAAUUAAGGGAAAUUGACACAAAUUGACAGAUAUCGGUCAAUUAGCUCACCACUAGAGUCACUGACAAAAUUCUUGGCCACGAGUUUGUAAGUUAUUUCUUCAUUGCAUCAAAACCAUGGCAUAGUUCUGUGCUGUUGGAUGGGAUAUUGGCUGUUUUCACUUCCUGCUUCAUUCCCCUUUGGGACUCAUUUUUACAAGAUGUUCCAGUGCUGUAACACACAAGGCCUGUCUGCAGCUACAUGUAGAUCUGCCUGCAAUCUGAACUGGCUCUAAACUGUGAUGAAAUGAAGUUUUCAGCGUGUUUAGACUGUGUUGAGGUGACAGAAAGGUCACAUCAGGAAACAGUCAAAGCGCUGGUUUGUCUCAAAUGGUUAGAUAAAAGUGCACUCACAAAGGAAUAUUUAUUUAUUUGUGAUCUAAGAAGAGACUUUGACAGGAAAAGACAUUCAAAGGAAUACCGACAAAUGACUGAAAAGCUUCAAGCCAGUAGAGAACAGAAAUAUACUCCUACGUGCCUAUAAAGCAGUCCAAUGUAAAGCAUCUCCAUUUAUAACUGGCUGUUCUUUCUCCAUCUUUUUAUUGUUUUACUUUUUUUUUUUCUUCCCAAAGAGCUAUAUAAUGUAUUGUAAAAUCUUCAGGAGUUGUCACGUGAGCAAGACUUUUUUUCAUUCCUGUAAAAUGAGAAACUAUAUGUAGAGUAAAAAGGUAAAUAUUUAUUGAUUUAUAGGUCUUGAUCUGUGUUAUAAUGAAUUUAUAAUGUGAAUAAGGUAUUGAUCAGUCGUCUCAUUGUGUGAAGUCUGUCUCAAUGUAGCACAGUGUAACACCACUAAGUGGCAGCAGCAUUACCAGGUGCUUCUCUCUCUUCAUUCUCAUCUUCAUCUUAUGAGCUAUUUGUUCCUUCUUUUUUAUCUUCAUUGUAUUUUUCCAGUCAUCAUAAUGUUGCCUUCAAAUCCAGGAACAUUUGUAUUUAUGAGUAUUUGCACCUCCCAACUACGACUGCUAAGAGUAGUAUUUUUGGGGGAAACAUGCUAAUAUAUAUAUAUAUAUAUUAUAAUUUUAUUUUUUUUGGCAAACCUGAAGUAUAUUUUUAGUUCAUUUCAUGAAACAAAAAUUGUUUUAUGGUUUUAGUUUUAUACAGUCAACAUUCAACAUGCUCCAUGAUCCAUUAAUUAACAUUCAGCAAUUAUGUGCUCAAAGUUUCCCACCUAAUAACUUUGAUGUACGCUCAAAAUAAAUACGAUCAUCCUGACAUGAUUUUAAGGCAGCAUAAGGCCCAGUGAUAUUUAAAGAUUCAGUGUUUUCCUGUGAUGCUGUAUCAGUCCUUUCCUCUCUGAGAGGAAGUGCUGUUAUGUCACAGAGGAUUCAAAUAGAUUAACUUCUCAUUAGGAAAAUCACAUUUACCAGCUGUUUACGGCACAGUCAGAAAUCGCCUCUACCUCUCCCCCACCCCCUUUAUUUAUAAAGGUUAAAGGUCUGUUUUAGCAUUGCUGUUUUUUUUCUUUCGGGCAUCGACUGAAAGAGGAUUUUUGGUCUGGCACCGAAAUCUGGGGCGAAAUCCGUGCCCGAGGCAGAUUAUGGUUUUCUCCUGGGUGCACAGUUCCCUACACUCUAACUGCGAGCGGUAGAAUUGGUUUUCUAAGCUUUCUCACCGGUAAUCUGUUCCCACUCCUCUCUCCCCAGAGAUGAACCCUGACAGGACGGAUUUAACAGGCUUCCACACAUCGUUAUAUAUUUAUAUACGGCAGAGUCUGUUUCAACACAGAGUUGUGGGCCACUAAUCACCCAGCGAUCUCUAACCUCGAAGGAAAGGGAUUUCUGCCUCUAUUUCCUCUCUCUCUCUCUCUCUCUCUCUGUUUUCUCCACUCAUACCUUCAUAAUCAUAUUCUCCACUCUUUAUCUAGAUGUCUUUCAAACUUUUGUAUGUAAUGCUGAGGGCGUCCUGUGGGCAUACAAUUAAGUCAACAAAUAUUUGCAGUGUUAAGAGUCUCUAAAUGUCUCAUGCUUAAACCGUACUGUCUUUUUAGUGAUAUUUUUUUGUGUAAUAAUUGCAUUUGUGGCAUUUUGCACCAAUUUCUGGGGCUAUUAAAUGAGCAAAAAGCCAUAUUUACUGUAUGUAAGCAACCUUGAGUAACAGAAAGCCGGUACUCUGAGGCCUCAUGGGUAAUGAUCUAUCUGUUGUCCACUCAAGCCAAAGACAAGCCUGGCCGCAGUGGCCUAACCUGUAGCAGUGCAAUCCGAGUGCCCUGCAGCGCCACCUAGCUGCUGUAUCGCACUUCAACUGUAUAUAUGUACAGAAAGUUACAAUAAAAUGUAUAUUGCUUCUUUUUGCAAA